UGACCACGAUGUAAACAUCUCCAUCCUAGCAUCCAACCAAAAGCCCUAUUAAAACUCAAUUAAAAAAACCAACAACAUACAACUAUUCCAUUGCUAUCUUCCUUAUAUAAUUAUCCAUAACACAAAGAUCAUCCAUCACCCUAUCCUUCUAGUUAACCACCUUUCAAGCCAUGGCUGCACACACCAAGAUCACCAACCGAGUUUCACCCGCGAUGGAGCGAACCGGCCAGUGGGUUUUCUCCCAAGAUAUCCCAGCUGAUAUUCUUAUACAAGUUGGUGAAGCAAAGUUCCCUCUUCACAAGUUUCUUUUGGUAGCAAAGAGCAACUACAUAAGAAGAUUAAUACUCGAAUCGAAAGAUCCUGAUACGACGAGGCUAGAUCUAUCGAAUAUACCCGGAGGAGCUGAGAUAUUCGAGAAAGCGAUCAAGUUUUGCUAUGGUGUUAAUUUUGAAAUCACUGUACACAACGUUGCAGCUCUACGUUGCGCGGCUGAGUAUCUAGAGAUGACUGAUGAGUACUGCGAUGGCAACCUCGCUGGUCGGACGGAUGAUUUUCUUGUUCAGGUGGCGUUAACGAGCCUCUCGGGUGCGGUCGUCGUGUUAAAAUCAUGUGAAGAUCUUCUUCCGAUAGCCGAAGAGAUCAACAUCGUUCAACGAUGUGUUGAAUUGGCUGCUGCUAAGGCGUGUAACGAAGCGAAUUUUCCAAGCCGAUCACCACCAAACUGGUGGACCGAAGAGCUAUCGAUCGUCCACAUAACCUUCUUCGCAAAAAUAAUCGCAUCCAUGAAAUCACGAGGCGCAAAACCUCUAACAAUCGCUAGCGCGAUCAUAACCUACACAGAACGCGCGUUACCGGAUCUAGUCCGCGACAGAUCCGGUAACAGCGUUACUGCUUCCAUCUCCAUCGACACAAGCGCCCGAAUCCACCAACGCGAACUCCUAAACGCCAUCGUCUCCCUCCUCCCGGUCGAAACUCAACGCGCAUCGUUCCCUAUCAACUUCCUCAGCUGCCUCCUUCGCGCUGCAAUCUUUCUCGAAAACGACGACGUUUGUAAGAAGCAACUGGAGAAACGGAUAUCGGCGAUUUUAGAGCAUGUAACUGUGGAUGAUCUGCUUGUGUUGUCGUACACUUUUGACGGUGAGAGGUUGUUUGAUUUGGAGAGUGUACGGAGGAUUAUUUCUGGAUUUGUUGAGAAGGAGAAGAGUGUGUCGGUGUUUAACGGUGGCGAUUUUAGAGAACCGUCGUUGACGACGGCGAUGCUUAGGGUUGCGAAGACGGUUGAUGCUUAUCUCGGUGAAAUCGCGACGAUACCGGAGUUGAGCAUUUCGAAGUUUAAUGGAAUUGCUAAUUUGGUCCCGAAAAAUGCACGUAAAGUUGACGAUGAUCUAUAUCGCGCCAUUGAUAUAUACCUCAAGGCUCAUCCGAACUUGGACGAAAUCGAGCGAGAGAAAGUUUGUAGUGUGAUGGACCCAUUGAAACUAUCUUACGAGGCGAGGGUACACGCCUCACAAAACAAAAGAUUGCCCGUGCAAAUUGUUUUGCACGCGCUUUACUUUGAUCAACUACAAAUAAGAAGUGAUAAAAACGGGAGGAGUACACCUACGCCAGAUGCAAUAAGUAUGAGAUCUCAGGUACAAGCCGACGUGUCAUUGGCGAAAGAGAAUGAGGCUUUGAGAACCGAAUUGCUACAAAUGAAGGCUUAUAUAUCCGACAUACAAAACAAGAAUCAAGUGGGAUCAACGUCUGCACGAAUAAACCCAAAGAAGCCUACUUUCUUCUCGUCGGUGUCGAAGAAAUUAGGAAAGUUGAAUCCUUUUAAACAUGGAUCAAAGGAUACUUCUCAUAUUGAAGAUGGUAAUGAUGUGGAUCUUACAAAGCCUAGAAGGAGACGUUUCUCCAUAUCCUAAACUCAUUAGCCUUACUAGGUUAGUUGGUGUGGUGUGUUUUUUUUUUUUUUUAAUAUUGUUUAAUUAUUCGUGAUUUAAUUUGGCUUUUAUGUAUUGUUUUUGAAAGUGUAUGUAAGUAUAAAAGAGGUGUGUGUUUGUAGAAAAUCAACCAACGGUUGUUAAGACGGUUCCAAGUACUUGUCUUUUGUUAUAUAGGUAACAUAAAAAUUUAAAUGUCAAUGUUUGUAACAACUUUUUUAUAUAUGUAAUAUGAUAACGUAAUGU